AUGGUAGUAGGUGAAAUAAUUUUACGUUCCACGGAUAAAGCAAAAACGGUUGAACUUGAAGGACGUGUGCACAGCAUUAGUGGGGAUCUAGUAGACAAAGUAACCGCGUUAUGGUGUGCGCUUGAUCGAGCUCACUUUUCUGUGGCACGUACUCUGAUUAAUCUUGGUAAGGCCGACGUCAAUCAUGGUCCAUUGCAUCCAUUAUUGAUUGAUGCUACGAUUAGGGGACGAUUAGACAUUGUUGAGUUCUUGGUCGAAAAUGAUUAUGCUGAUAUCAAUGAGACAAAGACAAAUGAUGAAAAUAAAUCUAAUUGUCUUAUUAUAGCUGCCAGUCAUGGUCAUACACAAAUCAUUGAAUAUCUGAUUAAGAAAAAUGUUGAACUCGAGUCAAAAACAUGCGUCGAUGAAAACACAGCAUUAGCUGUUGCAGCAAUCGGAGGUCAUUUGGAAUCGUUACGACUAUUAUAUAUGACAGGCGCUUCUUCCAACAUGGGAAAUCAUACAAAGAAAACACCAAUAGCUUUAGCGGCUGAGAAUAAUCAAUUAGAUGUAGUUAAUUUUUUACUUGAGCAAAAUCAUGAUCAUGCAACUUUUGAUGAUCUUGAACUCGGUGUUGCUUUACACAUACUCUCACAUAAGGGUACGGAAGAAUAUAAACCUGAGUGGGUAAUACAAAUAUUGCGACAUUCGUUCAUCAAACGAACACAACUCAAUAUAAGUAAAAUUAUUGCUGAAUCGAUUGCUGUUUACAAUUUCCAAAAAGAAUGUCAGUCAAUCGAUGAACUCGAUCAAAUCCAACAUAAUGCUGAUCGUCUGUAUAUCGAAGCACUACUUAUCCAAGAACGCAUUCUUGUACUUCGAAAAGAUGAGAGCCUAUUCACACUGUUAUUUGAGCAAACAAAUGAACUUAUUGGAAAAGGUGAAUUCGAUCGUUGUCUCGAUUUGACAUUGCAUAUCUUUCAUCUAUGUCAACAAUUUGAAGUUCAUAAUUGUCACCAACAAUUCUUCUGGGUCUUCUACACUAUGUUUAAUUCAAAAAUGUCUAUUCCUGUUGAUCGAUUUUGGGAAACAUGUGAUCUCGUCUUCAAGCCAUCACAAGAAAAUUCAAAUGAUUUUCACAAAAGAGAUGCAAGAUAUCUAUUAGCAACUGCAGGAAAGGUAUGA